AGAUCACAAAGCAGUUUGGUGACGGUCUUCGGGUUUCAUUUUUCGUUUUUGCAACACAUAUUCUAACUUCAUCGACCAUGGGAAGUUUCUCUUUAGUUUCGGCUGCAGCAAGAAGGCUUGAAGGAAAAGUGGCACUAAUCACUGGUGGGGCUAGCGGCAUUGGUGAGUCCACUGCAAGAAUCUUCUCCAAACAUGGAGCUAAAGUUGUAAUUGCAGACAUCCAAGACGAGUUGGGCCACUCUAUAUGCAAAGAACUAAAUCCUCAAUCCUCAUCCUUUGUCCAUUGUGAUGUUACUAAGGAAACGGAAGUAGAAAAUGCUGUUAAACAUGCUGUUUCCAAGUACGGUAAGCUAGACAUUAUGUUCAAUAAUGCUGGUAUAGCUGGAGCAGCCAAACUCAACAUCCUUGACACCACCAAGGCUGAAUUUGAGCAAGUGGUUAGUGUCAACCUAGUUGGUGCUUUCCUUGGCACAAAACAUGCAGCCCGUGUGAUGAUCCCGGCUCGAAAAGGCAGUAUAAUCACAACUGCUAGCACAUCCUCAAUCAUAGGAGGAGGUGCAACGAAUGGCUACACAAGCUCAAAACAUGGUGUGGUUGGAUUAAUGAGAAAUACAGCAGUGGAGCUUGGACAGUUUGGCAUUCGUGUGAAUUGUGUGUCACCGUAUGCGAUUGCUACGCCUUUAUUAAAGGAUUUCUUAAAGCAGCUGGACACUGAUAAAAUUUCCAAUGUUUUUUCAAGCUUAAAGGGUGAGGUUCUCAAGCCAGAGGAUGUGGCAGAGGCUGCUCUCUAUUUGGGAAGUGAUGAGUCAAAAUAUGUGAGUGGACAUAAUCUUGUGAUAGACGGAGGUUUCACCAUUCUAAAUACUGGCUUUUGUUUAGUUCCACAAUCUUAAGAUAUGAGUGGACAUUCCAAUCCAAGGAACAGCCUUUUGUUUGUUUGAACAAUUCUUGACAUGAAUAAUGGAUGAGGAGCAAGUUCUUGGUCCAUGAAAAA